AUCUAAAUCUAAAGUUCUUGAUACUAAAUCUAUAUAUUUAUAAAUACGUGAUUGUCAGAUCGAGACCAUUGGUGAGUUUAUGUUUUUGCCAACUUAACGAUUUAUUACUACUAAUAGAAUAUUCCUGUCAGCUAUUUUCAGAAUGAGGAAGGAUAACUUAAAUUUGAAUACGAAGUGACCCAAAUGUUUUGGGGGUCAAAACUGUGGUUGUUGGCCAUGUUGAGGUUGUUGGUUAUUUUUAUUUUUUUAAAAAAAUUUUUCGAAGUGCUAUACGGGGCCGAUAUUCCACACACAAUUUUAAUUUUUUUCAUAAUUCACGGACAAUUCUCUCAACAUUUCAUACAUUCUGUACAAUUUUUCAACAUUUUGAUGACAUUGCGAUACCCAGAUUAGUCAAUUGAUUUUCGUGUCCAUACAUUUGAGCAUUGUCCCUUUGUUAAAAAUGCAUUCAUAUUUUCGAUUUGUGCAUAGCUCCCCUUCGACUGGUUUACAAUCAAAUGCUAGUUUUACUACCAUCGAAUAGGGUUUAGUAGAAAAUAAAAUCCACUAUAUUUUUCAUAUAUGUAUAUAUAAUACGAAGGAAUUCACAUAAUGCUAUCUAUACCCAAACAAAAUGUUAGAUCGAAAAUAUCUGUGCUUGGUGUAGUACAGAUGAUUUCCGCUUUAACCAUACUAAAUCUGCUCUUUACGAUCUUGUCGUUUUUCAAUGUACCGGAUGUGGAAGAAAACUAUGAUAUGGACCAACCUAUGGAAUUUGGAAGAUAUCGUGACGAGAAACUUAGUAUCGAUGCUAUCCCAGGUGCACCAUUGAUUAUUUUGAAACCAGAAGAAGUUUUCACAAGAUUAAGUCGUAAAAAUCAUCAUGAUAAUCACAAGUUCGAAACAAUAAAAAACGGAAUAUUUAUGAGCGUUCGAACAACAAAUAAAUAUCACAAAAGCAGAUUAAAAAUCCUAUUGGAUACAUGGAUUUCAGAAGUUCCAGAAAAUACAUGGAUUAUUACAGACGAAGAAGAUGGAUGGUUGGUGCAAUAUAUCAGAGAUCACUUCAAAAAUGCAAAACCUCAUAUAUUAAAUACUCAUUGCCCGACAACUUCAGAACACAAAUGGGCACUUUUGUGUAAGUUACACUGGGAAUAUCGGACUUUUCUGUCUUCAAACAAGUUAUGGUUUUGUCACUUUGAUGAUGAUAGUUUUGUUAACAUUGGAAUGCUUACAAACUUGUUGAGUUCUCAUUCAGAAGAUGAUGUCAUGUAUAUUGGACGAACUCCAUCAAAAACUCCAAUUACGGCAAUGGCAUACGACACGGAAAAUGUGGAGCCAGAAAGCUUCGGUUUUAACGAAACGACAAAUGAGACAACGUGGGUUAUGUCACAAUCAACAUUUCAGCGAGUAGCAUUUCAUUAUGCAUUGGGCGGUGCAGGUUUUUGCAUAUCUCGCCAACUUGCUGUAGACAUGAAAGAAUAUGCUCUCGGAUCACGGCUCAUGCACAUGGCUGCAUCCAUUAAUUUACCCGACGACUGUGUAUUCGGCUACAUUAUAACACACCAACUUAAUGUGUCUCUUAUAACUACGAAUCUCGUGCACACUCAUAUGGAGAAUUUGACUUUGAUUCCGAAAUCUUCAUUACAGCAACAAGUGACGUUAAGCUACUCGCUACCAGAAGAAACCAGGCACUCCGAGAUGGAAAAUAUAAGCGAUACGAAGAAAAAUGUAGUUGAAAACGCUGAAAACUCUGUAUUUUUUCAUCGAAAUUUUUCAGAUAGCAAUGUCAUCAAGCCGAAUCUGACUAAACCAAACGUGGUCAAUUUAAACAAAUAUUUUUCCGCAAAAUAUGAUCCAACUAGAUUUUAUAACUUGCACCAAUUAGUUUACAUCAGGGGUGGCCAACACGUCGAUCGCGUCUGAUGUUGAGUUUUGUUGAAAUACCACCAAAUAUUGCCUCGAACAAGUUGUGUGUUUUCCAACAGAAAGAAUACAAUACUUUACAUGCGCAAUAUACACAUACAGUAUUUGAGUCUGAGCAAGCCCGAAAAGGCAUAUUAAUACGUGACAAAUGCAAGUUUUUCCGCUGUCAAGGUUCUAAAAGGAAAUGCCGAAAAUCGCGUGUCUAUCUCUCGACUGACAAACGAUCCUACAAUAACUUCCGCAGUAUGCGAAAGUCAUUGUCUCACUCCAAGAGUAGUGUGAUAAAUUUUAGUCGCAAUGUUAGCAGUGGCAUCAAAAUGCCUAAUUUUGUUCUA